GGGCCCAUCCUGAGCUUUGCCAGCACCAGGACCAUCUUUAAGAAAGGCUUCAAGCUUGUCAUCCUGGAUGAAGCCGAUGCCAUGACCCAGGAUGCUCAGAACGCCUUGAGGCGAGUGAUCGAGAAGUUCACUGAAAACACCCGGUUUUGCCUCAUUUGCAACUACCUGUCCAAGAUCAUCCCUGCGCUGCAGUCCCGCUGCACACGGUUCCGCUUCGGGCCCCUCACCCCGGAGCUCAUGGUGCCCCGGCUCCAACACGUCAUACAGGAGGAGGGGGUGGAUGUGACCGAGGAUGGGAUGAAGGCUCUGGUGACCCUCUCGAGCGGUGACAUGCGCAGAGCCCUCAAUAUCCUGCAGAGCACCACCAUGGCCUUCGGGAAGGUGACGGAGGAGAACGUCUACACGUGCACGGGGCACCCCCUUGAGUCUGACAUCGCCAACAUCCUCGAGUGGAUGCUGAACCAGGACUUUUCCACCGCCUACCGCAGAAUCAUGGAGCUGAAGACGCUGAAGGGCUUGGCCCUGCAGGACAUCCUCACUGAGAUCCACCUCUUCGUGCACAGAGUCGAUUUCCCACCCUCGGUGCGCAUCCAGCUGCUGAUUAAAAUGGCAGAUAUUGAGUACCGUCUGGCUGCUGGGACCAGUGAGAAGAUCCAGCUGAGCUCCCUCAUCGCAGCUUUCCAGUGCACCAGGGACCUGAUCGUGGCCGAAGCCUGA